UUUACUGAUCACUACCAUUAUCCCGGAGCAAACGUCUCCGUCCGCUCUGAAAACAUACCAGGUACAUAAUUACAUUUAAAUGAGCGCAUAUGUCGCGUUGGAAUUAAUUUAUCUGUUUAACAGAAGAUGUGAAGACAUUCUUUAAUUUUCUGUUUAGAUGAUUAAAAUCGUAAAAGUUUCUGAUCACGUAAAGCAACAGUUUCCAUGAUUUCAUCCCUUUGAAAUGUGCUUAUUUUCUGUAUUCAGCGCUUGAAGAUCGAUGUUCCUGAGCCUUUCUAUUGUUGAGCAGAGCAGACAUGUCCGGGACAAGCCUCCGUGCUGGUUUUACUCAUUUUUAUAAUUCAUAAUGUUCUACAAUAGAUUUAUUGUGCUCUUUUGAGUUCAUCCAACCCUCGUUUGUAUGCUUAAACAUUUUAGUUCAAACUGUGACUAGAGUCAGUUAUGAGAGACCACUUUGUUCAAUUCAAAAUUAGAAAUGAAAAAUGUACAAAAGUCUUUUAGUAUUAUGGGAAAUGCGUGUUAAACACAAAUUAAACAUCAGAAACAAGGAUUUGUUUGUAUCUGCCAAGAGCUUAAUGAUAAUGACACCAAAGUGCUUUACAGUACAGUAACAGCCUGUUACUGUACUGUAAAGCACUUUGGUGUCAUUCAGGCUGUUGUUGCCCCUGCUGAAUCAGAAAUUCUGUGUCAAUUUUCUGAAUGUGAACUUAUUUAUUUUGCUAUUUGAACAUUAAUAAAAAUAUUUAAAAAUAAAUAUUAAUAAAACCAGCAACACUUACCAAGGAAACCAUUUAGCAUGCUCCACUCCGGGAUAAUCUUCAGCCUUCCAGCAUCACAGGGCCUCAGUCACAGCAGAAACACGUCUAAAGAAAUGUUCCUUGGUUAAGCUUCGGUUUAUGUCUCCAGAUUUCCUCUGUGACGCAGAGAAAUAUCCAAUAUUUUGAGAGGGAUGGUUUAGUGCAAUGUACUCACGCAUCCUGUCAUCGGUUUGGUACCACUGCAGGAUGUAGCUUGUUAACACGCUUUCUGGGUCUAGAGACUCCUGCUGUUUUUCCUCUGAAACCACUCUGGCGAUGGGCCAAAGGAGAGCCUGUUGGGGUCAAGACUCUGCUCCUAUAGUCCUCUUACACCUGAAGGACAAGGGACACAUUCUGGACAGAGAAGGUAGAUGGUUUGAGGGAGGAGUAAAGGAAGCCAUCUAUGUCUAUGGGAAAUGGAGGAGGAGGCCUCGGGUUUCACCUGCAGCACAGUCACACCUUCAUGCAUCUAAUCAAAACAACCAAUCCAACACAAUAGAGCCUAACGACAUCAAAGACUCCCCGGGUAGGUAGUUUCAGCUCGUUAAGCAACAUUAAACAGUUACAGGUUACAAGCUUCACUCUCCCAUAUUGCAGUGGGGAUUGACAAAACUCCUUAGAUGAGAAGCUAAACUGUCUUCUAGACACCAAAGAAGUCCAGUUGCCUUCAUGUGAACCCUUUUGAUUACGAUGACCUGAAUGACUGAGAGUCUUCACCAGCAUCCUCCCAUCUGCUUGAAUCCUCUUGCAAACGCGGAUGUCAUGACGCGUCACCCCGGUCAUCUAAGGAUUGUUGGCCAGCAGUACCAUCUCCAAGCUCAAGAAGAUCCAGACCCUUCCGGUGUUAUUUCACGAUGGUGGACUGACCUACCGAGCUACCAAAACCCCGUUUAACAUAAAACUCUUGAAGAUCCAGCUCUUUAGAGAUCAUCUCCUACCUUAACACCCGCACUUCCGUUCCCCUUGUCUACUGCACUCUCCCACUAUGGUUGCAGUCGGUUUCUACACCAUCGCCCCUGAGAAGAGCCUGACUUGAGUUCUUCUACGGUGGUCGAAGAGUUCGUGUCCAUCCUGUAACCAGAAGGUUGGAGGUUUGCAUUCUGGUCAUUUUUACCAUGAUCUGCUAAAUUUGGCAUCGUAAACCUCUUUGACAUGGACGUAAUUUUCACUUUAGAAGUGAGGGGGACACGGGGGGGGGGGGGUAUCUUUACAGUAUGUUCCAAUGGGAAACAGGCUUCAACACAAACGGUUGUUUUCCGCUUGGUCCUAGAGCUCAACCAGUGUCAAUUUAAUAUAGCGUAAUGUUGUUUUUGGAUGGUAAAAAGUGCAGGGGUCAAAACUUGACUUUGGAAAAAGUGGGGGGGGGACAUGUCCCCCCUGUCCCCCCAAAAAAAAUACGUCCAUGCUCUUUAGUAACCUUUGUUAUGGUCAUUCUACACCGAGUAGCAAAAGUUUGUUCCCUACCUUCAUUUGUUUGUGGAUGGUUUCAGCUUCAGGUGACCACACAAUCAGAAACCAAAAUAACACCCGUGGACGUUCUGACGAAGGCAGAAAGGGAAGCCGACGGAGAAAUUUUAGUUCUGAUCCAGUCAUCAUGGGCCGCCACCCGAUCCAGCUCCCACACCUUCUGCUCACUGUCUGGAUGCUGGCCUGUCCUCCAGCCAGUGGGUUGUUUGAGUGGCUGAGGAACCCACAACCUCCUCCUGCGGCAGCACCUCCUCCUGUUGCUCCAGCACGUCAGCUCAGCCCGUUGGACAGCGGUCUUUACAAGGCGAAUGGGGUCUUCGUUGUUUCCCAGCUGAGGACCAGCUGUGGAAGCCUCUCGGAGGAAAAGCUCAGUGUGGAGUUGUUCAACUGCCAGGCAGAGAUCGAGGGGCGCCGGACGUUCCCGUGUACAGAGGAAAUGAGCAUCGCGGAGUGCAUGUCUGACAUGAAUCCAGACACAUGGAACGCCUAACUCAUAGUGAGUAAGCGAGCUCGCUCGGUGUGCUACGUGACCCGUCAGCAGCUCUUUCUGCGCCGAGCAGAGCUCAAGGUCAACACCCUCAUCUCCACGGCGACCAGCCAGCUGGAGGCAAUGAAAGGCCUGAAGGGGGGACAGCUGGAGCUGAAGGACCAGACUGCAGCCUCUCUAGACAAGCUGGUGGAGGGCCAUGGCGCCCUGCAGGCCCAGCAGGGGAAGCUGCACAAGGGCCAGGAGCAGAUGGAGCCCUCACUGAGGAAUGCCCUCAUCGCUUCUGGACAGCAUCUGGUUGCUCAACUCAUUCAAGUCAUCACUAAGCGAAUGGAGAAUGUGAGUGAACAUCUGCAGGAGCAAAGCUCUGAGGUGCAGGACGGCCACGAGGCGAUCGCCAACGACCUCGCAGACGUCCGACUCCACGCUCGGGACAUUUACCAACAACUUGGUAUUUUACCUGCCUUAUGCAUGUCGGAGGUCCUGCAGCACCAGGACCAGACCUCCCGGCACUAUGCUGAGCCGAUGAACGAACUGGAGCACAUGAACAGCACACCGGGAGUCCUGCUGCACUACCUGGACAACAUGCAGGCAAAGGUUGAGGAGAGACUUCACACGAUCCAGGGCUACUUGAGCUGGACUGGUGGGAAGAUGGCCACGGAGCCACACAAGGAGACGGUACCAUCAUCAGGACACUUGUAUCCACAAUCCUCCACACUUCAGAGCGACGUGAAGAAUGGCGCCACCGAGCAAGACUCGAGUCAUGACGGUUUUUUAUCAGGUUCAAGUCUCUCAUACUUCAUCUCCUUUUCUAGACGUACCUCUACGUUUUCAUUUUUGUGGCAGAGACUGUCAGAAUCCAAGUUUGUACCCAUAUUUGGAUCCCUGGAUGACUCCACCCCCAGGCUGAGACCUCUGGCUGUUUUCUCACAGGUGACUCGAUCAGAGGAGCACAAGCCCCGCCCCAUCACUGAUGACAGCUCCCUGUCGGGCUGACAGCUGUGUAACGGAAUCACAAAAACGGGAAACGCCUGUAGGAAGAGAGCGGUUCCGGGUCAGGAGUUCCGCAGAGUCCACUCCUAAAACCCCAAACUUCCUCCUCUUCCUCAGCUGAAAGGCGUGCAUGAACCCGUUAUCUAAACCAGUUCCAUUUUAGAAUUUUAAGUGUUAUUUUCGUUUAAUUUUUUAAUUGUUUUUUUUU